AUGGCUCCAGCCACUAUCCGCUCCAGCACCUUGCCCACCACAGAGAGCAGGAGAUCGGUGCCUCAAACGGCCCGCAAGUCCACCGGUGGCAAGGCGCCCCGCAAACAGCUUGCCACGAAGGCGGCUUGGAAAUCUGUUCCUGCCACUGGAGGUGUCAAGAAGCCCCACCGUUACAGGCCAGGAACCGUGGCCCUCCGUGAGAUCCGCCGUUAUCAGAAGAGCACCGAACUGCUUAUCAGGAAGCUGCCUUUCCAGCGCUUGGUGCGUGAAAUUACCCAGGAUUUCAAGACUGACCUCCGCUUCCAGUCCUCCGCUGUCAUGGCCCUCCAGGAAGCUUCCGAGGUUUAUCUCGUUGGUCUCUUUGAAGACACUAACCUGUGCGUCAUCCACGCUAAGCGUGUCACUAUCAUGCCCAAGGACAUCCAGCUGCCUGGUCGAAUCCGUAGCGAGCGUGCCUAA